AUGUAUCCACUCCACAAUACAACCCAUAACUGGUAUGAGCUAAAUAAGACCCGUAAGACGAUACUCCAAGACCAGGUAUUCCUAGACAUCUUGAAGCUCAUCAGUUCAAAAGAUCCAGUAACGAGGGAAAUCGCUUCGGCUUACCAUUUUCAAAAUUAUUUCCGUGCCAUGUUUAGGUAUUGGGUUAUAAAAAGUGAAGUGAUGCGGGAUCGUUUACAGGGUCCUAGAGAAAUGCAUGUUUUACAUCCUAUACGAGCAGACGUAUCCAUUUCACCAGAAAUCAAACUUUUUAUAUCAGAAAAUAUUGAUUUGCUUCCACACGAAAUUUACAAACGACUUGUUGAGCGUGGUUUGGAUCUUAAUAUUCGUCAAAACUGGUAUGUAUUACAAAACUCUCAAUUCAAAAUACGUGAAAUUGGUGUUGAUGCUACAUAUAACACAAACAACCUAAAAUUUGAAUUAUAUGCGGUACUAGCUGAGGUUGAUGGGAUUGGAGUUCCGUUAGCAUAUUUAUUUAUGGAAAUUAAUGGAAAUUAUGGAAACGGCAUUUGA